AUGUGGGAAUGGCCCACGACGCUAUGUUUGAUACUGGCCGUGAUCGUCAACUUCGCAGCAAAGCACCCGGAAUGGAUCCCCCGCGCCUGGCGCCCGCGCCUUGGCGAUGGCUCGGAGAAGGUGAGACACCUGCUGCAGCUUCCCCUCGAGUCGCUCCCAGCUUCCGCUGCCUUCGACGCGGCCUUCGACGCAGCGGCGCGAAGCGCCGGGAGGCCGUGCGUGGUCGCAACCAGUGGAGACCACACGCUCCGGGACGCCUUCCGCCAGCAGCGGCACUUCGGCGCCUGCUCGGAGGCCUCGUCGGAGGCCUCGGAGGAGUUCACAGGGCUGUGGCCCCGUCUCGUCCACUGGUGGAAGUCCCGGCUGCUGUGGUGGGCCAUGCCGGGCUUGGUCGAGGCUACCUUGGCCGACCUCCUCCAACAGCAAGAGGAGGUCGCCGUGCUUGGUCUUGCUGCUUUGGAGCUCCAGAACAUCCAUGCGGCGGGCCCGGUGGCCGAGGCGGCCGUGUCGAUCCGUUUGGCAUCCCGCCCGGUUGAAGAUCUUGCGGAGGAGUUGCAACUGCCAUCCUCCACCGUGUUAGCGCUCCAGAAAUCCGGAGAUCUCGCCACCUUGGCCGACGAGAUCUACAGGGCACAGGCUCUGGGGAUCCCUCAGGGAGCUUGGCUUGCCAAGAGCUUGCAGCGAAAGAACAACACCUUUCUACUUGGAGCCAAGGCAGCAUUUCUGCACAGUCGGUUUCAGGGUCGGCCGCAUCCUUUGCUUUUGCAUCAGAGCGCGGAUGCAACCUUUGCGCUGAUGCGCAGCCUCUGGAUUGAUGGCCAAAACUUCGCCGACCACAGCGCAGAGUUGGAGAAGAAGGUGGAGAAGGCCACCGACUCCGGCGGAUUGUCGGAGCUUCUCAUGAAGGCCGCCGUCGAUGAGUCCUGGGUGUCUCAGAUGCAAAGCUCUGCCUUAGGGCUCCCCUGGCUUCCCGACCUGCCCGCAGUCAGCGCCAUGUUCAAUGGUGCAACCCAGGAGGAGCUUUUUCGGCUGGCCUCGCAGCUUGCGGAAGGUGCCCCGUUGGAGGUGUCGCAGGAGAAGUUGCUGUCGCCCUUCUCUGUCGUCUCCCUUGUGGGCCAUGGCGAAGAUGGGAAGGCCCUCUGGGAGGCUGAAUCUAUGUCCGUUCACGGGUAUUUCGGGCCUUUGGUUGCUCAGCUGUCCAAUCUCCUCACCAGCCCUCCGUUUGAGGCCCUUGGUGCUGGGAGCUUGGGCCAGGCGCUUGCCGAUUUAGGAGCAGGCGCGGCUUUCGUUUGCGGCGCCGCUGUGGAAGCCGCGCAAGCCAUUGCUCGUGGGAGAUCCCAGUAUCACGGCUAUAUAUCGUUAUGUCCAACUUCGGGCGAUGCACGUGAUCUGUGGAAGUGGCCGUUCUCGAUGGUUGCCGGCGUUGCAUCCCGGUUGUCGCCGCAGAUGCUCAAAGGAUCGCAACGCACGAGGGUGGAGUUGCAGAGCAUGUGGCAAGAAACCAUUGGGCGAUCCUUCCCGCAUGCAGCUGCAAGUUUUGCUUCAGCCGGCAUGCUGCGGAACGACACGGCCACACCCAUCAUUGCAGUAUGGCCCGUCUACUAUGGUGGAUCUCCGGGUGCGAUGAUGCAAGAGCUUCAUCUGAUUCGGUUGUGGAGCGAGCAAAGUCACCGUUCCACAAAAUUGACUGGGGUGGCUUCAGCUUCCCUCGUCGUCAUGGACGUUGUCAGCUUGAAGUGCAAAGGCCAGUGGUCCCGUGCUGCAAAGGCUUUGGGCGGGCCGGAAGUGCUAUCGACAUCAAGCUGCACUCAGAGCAUCGCAGCUGUUCACACGGCAAGUGCAGAAGCGCCAUUGCCGCUGCUGCUCGUUGGGCGAGCCGACGUGUCUGUCCAAGUCGACGAUGCCAGUUUCCUGGCUUCCAUGUCCCAAGCCUGGCGCGACCUGGCCCUGCACCCCCCCGCGGCGGCUUCGCCGCAGCCGGUUGCCAUGGCGGCCUUCGGAUCUUGGUGGCCAGCUUUGCAGCUCUUGUUUGCGGAAGCUGGGGCCCUCGUGGCGUGCGAGUAUGGCACGAGUACUGAGAGCUGUCUCUGGGCCACCAUUGCGCGAUCGACUGCGGAGUUGCGCCCAUGGGAGGAUUUUGUUGGAUCCGACUCCACUUCGCUAAUGUCUGCCACGAUGCUGUUGGGAUGGCUGGCCCAAGAGCAGGUCGUGUUUUGCGAAGACUGGGAAGACGAAGAAACGGGCGCUACAAAGUGCGCCUGCGGGCCUCCGGUGCCUGCCGACGGGUCGAAGUCUGAUCUACUGAAUGGUCGGCUCAUGCCGGCGGCCCCCACAGCAGCGAGGAAGCUUCUGCAUCUCCUGGCGGAGAUCAUCUUAGCAGGUGAUGCAGCUAACGUGCAGAAGCUCUACACUGCCGUGAUGGCGAAUGAGGACUGGCAGGUCUUGUACAGCUGCGCUUCACAAGCUUCGAGCCCACAACGUUACCUGAUAUUGGACCGUGGCAACAUGGAGUUGCCUGCGAGCGCACGGCAGCGCCUGGCAGAGACACUGGAGCCGAUUGCUGCCGACGAGCUCUUCGAAAGCUCUGAAGAUCGGAGCUCAAAUCGGUCAACGGCGACAAGAGCUUGGUGA